CGAGGAAGCUGUAUGUUGAGUGACGAAGGAGAUUACAGCUGCUGUGACACAACACAACAGUGUCUCCACAAUCUGUAGUGAUCGUGUUGAUUUAGACACUGCAUUCUGUUACGAUGACAUCCUGCGGAGAUUGAUAAAGGACAGAGGACUAUUCCUAUAGACGUUGUGGUUACACUGAACAGGACUUCGUCGCGGCGGCGGUAGAAUAUUCCAUAAACACAGAUCUGCAAAUGGGUCAGGGUUUGUGGAGGGUUGUGCGGAACCAGCAGCUGCAUCAAGACUUUGGUGACCAGUGCUACCUAGAGCAGGAGGGCGAGGGUCAGAGGAUGGAGCCGACGCAAGGCGAGCAUCUCGCUGCACGCCGGGGCAUGCCGCACUGUCAGGUGCCUGGAAGUGACAUCAGCCACCUGCUGCAUGUCCGCAGGGGCAAAGGAGACCAGGGCUUUAUCGACCUGGAGAUGCUGCCGCCUGAGCUGAGCAUCACUAUCCUGUCCUACCUGAACGCUACCGACCUGUGCCUGGCCUCCUGUGUGUGGCAAGGCCUGGGCAGCGACGAAUACCUGUGGCAAGGGUUGUGCAAGUCCACUUGGGGUCACUGUUCCAUAUACAAUAGAAGGGUUCCCAUUGGCUUCUCCUAUAGGAAGCUCUACAUGCAGCUAGAUGAAGGAAGUCUUACGUUCAAUGCCAAUGCACUGGAGGGUAUCCGUUACUUCAUGUCCAAAGGCAUCCUGGUCGACCACCCGCAGGAAAUUGCCAAGUUCAUAUUCUACACUAGAACACUGAACUGGAAGAUGCUGCGGAUGUAUCUUGAUGAAAGGAGAGACGUCCUAGAUGAGUUGGUGACACUACACAACUUCAGCAACCAGUUCUUGCCUAAUGCACUGAGGGAUUUCUUCAGGCACAUCCACGCCCCUGAGGAGCGGGGCGAGUACCUGGAGACGCUCAUCACCAAGUUCUCCCACCGCUUCUGUGCCUGCAACACCAGGCUGGUGCAACAACUCGGCCUGAGCCCAGGUGAGCGGAGGCAUGAGUCCAGACAAGAUGCGGUGUAUGUGCUGUGCUACUCACUCAUUCUGCUGUCCAUCGAUCUGACCAGCCCUCACGUGAAGAACAAGAUGUCCAAGCGGGAGUUCAUCCGCAACACACGCCGUGCCGCCCAGAACAUCAGUGAGGACUUUGUGGGCCAUCUCUACGACAACAUCUAUCUGAUCGGCCAUGUAGCCGCUUAAAACAGCCCAGCCUGUAGAAGCAAGAGAGUGAGCAGUUGGCAAAGCACUACAUAGAACUAUAUAAAUAUAUAUAUAUACAACAAAAUAUCAAAUGACAGCACUGAGGAGGACUUUGCUAUGGGGGGAAAGGGGGAGAUUGGAGUCCCACCCUGGGUUCUUCAGCCUUGGUGUUUCAGUACUGGUGUGACCACCACAGAUACGGGGGCACUAAGAAGCACUGCGGGGUGACCCACAGUGGGAGGAAGGGUAGGCAGGCAGGCUAACGAGCUAGCAUACAGCACAGUGUACCCUCAGUGGGAGUAGAGCGUGUAACCAACAGCGACCAGCUUAAUCGUGCAGAUCUGUAGCAAACAUACUUUAAACCAAGUCUCCAGACACAUGCUAUAAAAUCAGCUAUUACUGAAUAUUACACGUAACAUUAUUGCUGUUAGUCAUAGGGCGAACGUAAACGAACGGCGAGUUUCUUAUUGUAUGAGUUUAGAGAAUAUUCCGUUCCACUUAUUAAAUGAAUGUCAAUAUUUUUUUAACGGAAGGAUAGGUAGUCAUAUGAAAGAAGACUUUCACUUGACAGACAUAAGCUUAAUGUUUACCCCCCACCAUUUGACCAUAGACCAUAAUGAUAAUAAUACAAGCAUAACUUGUGUGUCGAAGCUAUGGGCAGAAGCUGGAGUUUUGAAUUGAGCCAAAGUUAUGUUAAAUGAAGAAUUUGUUUAUCAUCUUCACAAUCACCUGUUACAACAGUGUGCUACUCACCCUCUCCUCCUCCAUGUUAAUGAAGCACUAAGUCACCUACGUGGCACUGUAGGAAAUGAAUGUUCCCGUCCUUGGGUUAGGUUUUUCCUCCAUAUUUUGUAGCCUCACCCAUUCUUCUCCUAAAAACUUACUGUGAUAUAUGUCUCUCCAUCUAUCGCCUUCUUUCGCUGUUCCUCUCUAUCUCUUUCUCCAUUGUUCUCUUAACUAUGAGAAGCCAUCUGGAACUUCACAGUUAAGGUUCCUCAGUUGCUUUGACUAGACAGGAUUGUUUCUGUUAUUGAACAAGUAUGCACUUUACCAUGCUCCCUCCAGCCUCUAGCCAUCUAGCAUAUCUGAAGGACGUUAAUUCUCACCAUUGAUUUUGUGAUAUAGUUUAGAUCUUCUGUUUGUUUUUUUCUUUCUAGUAGAGUGCCAAUAGUUAUGUGUUCAGAUGACAAAACUGACAUUCAAGCAUCAACAAAACGUUCACUGAGUUUGAAGAAACAUUGAUUUGUUUUAUUUGCACAUCGUGUAUAUAUUUAAGUAUAGAGAUUUAUAAACAUAAAAUUUUAUUUUGAAGUAUUUUAAACUAAAUGCUUGUUUUUUUUCCCCUCGAUGAAUGGAGUGAAUCCUCUUUUUUGCACUUCUUUGAAAUUUUUACCUGAACAUAGUUGUAUGAGUACUCAACCACAUGCAAAAAUCUUCGUAUUUUUCCACUACCGUUGCAAAUUGAAGGAUUGAGAGUAUUCUUGAGCUAUUUAUGAAGUGGCUGUGAGUGACAGAUAUUGCAACAACAUUAUUCUGCUGCAAUAUUUUCAGAUAGGUUUUUCUGUAUGCAUAGGACUCAUGGUCAUGUUGGAAAUUGCCAUGUUGUUCAUGAUGCGUGUUUAAGGUGAACUUGCUAGACUUAUGGCAUAAUAUUCAAGACUGGUUUUUGAAACACUGGACUAAAACACUUUUAGAUUGUAUACAAAUAAAACUUUCUGAAAACACUG